AGGCCAAAUAGUUGCAUCAUGUGUACCUAAUCCAAGAGUCUCAUGCUUCUGGUAACACCUGAGUGAGCAGCUCCUGUGCCCCGCCCUCAGAAAGCCCAGCCCUUAGGCAAUGGCGGGCUUGUUCCUGUCUGCCCCACCCCAGGCCGAGGUGACCUUCGAGGAUGUGGCUGUGUUCCUCUCUCGGGAGGAAUGGGGCCGUCUGGGCCCUGCUCAGAGGGGCCUCUACAGAGACGUGAUGCUGGAGACCUACGGGAACCUAGUCUCACUGGGAGUAGGACCUGCAGGCCCCAAGCCUGGAGUGAUCUCGCAGUUGGAGCGAGGGGAUGAGCCCUGGGUCCUGGAUGUUCAGGGCACCUCUGGGAGAGAGCACCUGAAAGUCAACAGCCCAGCUCUUGGAACCAGAACUGAGUACAAGGAGUUGACUUCACGGGAGACAUUUGGUAAGGAAGAACUAGGCCAGCUGAGGGGGAUUUUUCCCCAGGGAUCUGAGCCGGUAGAAGCCUGUGACCACAUCAGGAAGGCAGAGGGGAGCCUGGAAAAGCUGGAGCAGAGAGGCCCCAGGGCAGUCACACUGACCAACGGGGAGAGCAGCAGGGGGUCUGGGGGAAGCCUCAGGUUGGUGUCACGACCUGUUCCCGAUCAGAGCCCUCACAAAUGUGAUAUAUGCGAGCAAAGUUUUGAACAGAGAUCCUAUCUCAACAACCAUAAGCGCAUACACAGGUCAAAAAAAACAAAGACAGUUCGUGACUCUGGGGAAAUCUUGAGUGCAAACUUAGUUGUUAAAGAAGAUCAGAAAAUUCCUACUGGGAAAAAAUUGCAUUAUUGCAGUUACUGUGGGAAAACAUUCAGGUACAGUGCCAACCUUGUCAAGCAUCAGCGGCUUCACAGUGAAGAGAAGCCCUACAAAUGUGAUGAGUGUGGGAAAGCCUUCAGCCAGAGCUGCGAGUUCAUCAACCACCGAAGGAUGCACUCAGGAGAGAUUCCCUACCGGUGUGACGAGUGUGGUAAGACAUUCACCCGGAGGCCCAACCUCAUGAAGCACCAGAGGAUUCACACUGGGGAGAAACCCUACAAGUGUGGUGAGUGUGGAAAACACUUUAGCGCCUACUCUUCCCUUAUUUAUCACCAGAGGAUCCACACUGGAGAGAAACCCUAUAAAUGUAAUGACUGUGGGAAAGCCUUCAGUGAUGGCUCAAUCCUUAUCCGCCAUCGUCGGACUCACACUGGAGAGAAGCCAUUUGAGUGCAAGGAAUGUGGCAAGGGCUUUACUCAAAGUUCUAACCUUAUCCAACAUCAGAGAAUUCACACUGGAGAGAAACCCUAUAAAUGUAAUGAAUGUGAGAAAGCUUUCAUUCAAAAAACCAAACUUGUGGAACAUCAGAGAAGCCACACUGGAGAGAAGCCCUAUGAAUGCAAUGACUGUGGCAAAGUUUUCAGCCAGAGCACACACCUCAUCCAGCAUCAGAGAAUUCACACAGGAGAAAAGCCCUACAAGUGCAGCGAGUGUGGGAAGGCCUUCCACAACAGUUCCAGACUCAUUCACCACCAGAGGUUGCACCACGGAGAGAAACCCUACAAAUGCAGUGAUUGCAAGAAAGCCUUCAGCCAGAGCACUUACUUGAUUCAGCACCGGAGGAUCCACACCGGGGAGAAGCCCUACAAGUGCAGUGAGUGUGGGAAGGCCUUCCGGCACAGUUCCAACAUGUGUCAGCAUCAGCGGAUUCACCUCCGGGAGGACUUCUCCGUGUAACAGUGGAGAAGUGUCUGAGGGCAGAGUCCAGCUGAGCACUUCCUGCAUGCGCCCCCGGCACCUGACUCUGCCCUUUAUUUAUUAUCCACACGAUGUUUUCAUAGGGUGAAAGGACAUUUCUCAUUAAACAAACCUCUUUUCUUAAAUCAAAUGCAGUGCAUGUUCAUUUUAGAGAAAUUGAGAGAGAAAAGUGAGCAAAAAGAAGCUCCUGUAAUCUCCCCCACUUAGAAAAAGAAUUCAUUGCUGCUGAUUUAGGAAAGUUUUCUUUGAGACAUACUGGAGAGCAUUUUAAAAAGAAAAUACUGCAAUGCUUGUCAUUGCAGCACCUAGGAUCUUCACUUUUGCUAUUUCCUCAAUAUCAGAAAAUUCACACUGAAGAUAAUACCACAUAUUUUAACAUUUUUACAUAUUGUAAAUUUAAAAACAUCGGCCAGGUGUGGUGGCUCACGCCUGUAAUCCCAGCAUUUUGAGAGGCCAAGGUGGGUGGAUCACUUGAGGUCGGGAGUCCAAGACCAUCCUGGCCAACAUGGUGAAACCCUGUCUCUACUAAAAAUACAAAAAUUAGCUGGGUGUGGUGGUGGGCGCCUGUAAUCCCAGCUACUCGGGAGGCUGAGGCAGGAGAAUUGCUUGAACCUGGGAGGCAGAGGUUGCAGUGAGCCGAGAUUGUGCCUCUGUACUCCAGCCUGGGUGACAGAGUGAGACUCCGUCUCAAAAAAUAAAUGAAACAAACAUUCAUACUUUUUAUUUUAGUAGAGUUGAAGUUGCCUUUUUUAUUGUGGUGAAAUAACCAUAACAUGAAAUUUACAAUUUUAACCAUUUUUAAGUGUACAAUUCAGUGGCAUUGAGUACAUUCGUGUCACCACUGUGUAUUUCCAGAACUGUUUCAUUAUUCCAAACAAACUGUGUACCUAUUAAACAAUAACUCUUCAUUUCCCCCUUCUCCCUGCUGCUGGUAACCUCAAUUCUAUUUUCUGUUUCUUUGAAUAUGCCUAUUCUGGGAACAUAAAUAUGUGUGGAAACAUG